AUGAUAAUUGUCCAAUCCAUAUUAAAAGAAUUAUCUGCACGUCGAAUUCUUACUUACGCACAAAUCGAAGCAAGAUUAGAAGCUUUUGAAUAUGGACAGAAUGAUCAGUCCAAUAAACCACCUACAGUUCGACCAAAACAUCUCACCAACAAUCAUAUUCCUGGGUCAGCUUCACAAAAACUUCUGCUAUUUCAAAUGCUACCCAUUAUAUUUCAUGAUGUUAUUAAUCGUUUAAUUGAUUUACUACCUAUAUAUACUUGUCUUCGUGAAAUUGUUUCGAUUGUUUUUGCAACGAGAAUUCGAAAAUCGUGGCUUCCUUAUUUAACAUCUGUAACAAUAUCUUUUCAUUCUUUGAUGAUUGAUAAAUUACCAGACAAUAUUACUGCAAAAGUGCAUUUUAUUACUCAUUAUCCGGAGUUAAUCAAAAGAAAUGGUCCACCACGUAAUUAUUGGUGUCAAAGAUUUGAAGGCAAACAUCUGUACUUCAAAAAACUUGCUAUACGGUCGUCAAAUUUCAAAAAUGUUUCAUUUACGUUAGCGAAAAGACAUCAACUUCGUCUUGAAGAAGAAAUUGAUGGACAUUUAUUACAGAAAUUACGUUUUGAAGAAAUUAAAUCUUUAUUUCCGAAGUUAAAACAAAGAACAAUAUUUCUGGAUGAACGUGAAAAAUUGUCAUAUAAGCUAUGCAGUGAGAAAAUUCAAUCGAAUCCAACGCCAAUAGAUGAUGAUGAUCAGGAAGAACAAUCACUAUUUGUUGAUGAAAAUAUGAAAUCUUCUGAUUCCAUUCCAUUUGUUGACGAAGUAGUUAUAGAAAAUACCGAAGUUUCAUCACCUAAUUCGAGUAAUAAUCAUUCUGAUGAUGAAGAAAAUGAUGAUCAAUUAAUAGAGAAGGAAAUUAAACUCCAAGAAGAUUAUGAAUUACCACCAUUUCCAACUGAUUUAAAAUUUGUUAUUGAUCAGAAGGACUUCACAAAACUAGCUGCUCAUAGUAAUUUAAGAAGAGUAUUGUUGAAUUUGGUCUAUGAUGAUAUUGCAAAUAAACAUCAUUUGUUAUAUCCAAAAUCACAAGAUUAUAUUGUUAUUACAAAAGCUAUAUUACGAUCAUUAAAUAUUCCAGUAGACAAUAAAGAUGCAUUGAAUGAAUAUCGAGAAUCCAUUAAACAGAAAUUCAAGAAUGAACGAAAACCAUUACAAAAAAUCAAUGCACAAGUUCAAAGAAAUAAAAACAAGUUCGGUAAAGGUCCAGGAAGACCAGUAAAAAAAACUGAUUUAGUUUCAGCCGAGAGAAAAAAUGAAAAAUUGAUGUUUAUUGGUCAAUUAGACGAUGAACAAGAUAUGUUUAAGCUUAAUCAGAUGUUAAAAGAUGAAUUUAAUAAAAAACCAGUCAAUAUGGAAGCACUAACAUAUUUUUGGAAAAAAACAUUUACGUAUCGACGGUUAUUCACACGUAAUAAUGUUAUUAAAGAAGUUUUGCUGGAGUAUCCAGCUUAUUCAUUGACAUCCUUGGUUUUCGAAGAAGUUCGCAUGACAACUGAUACAGAUAUUGAACGUAAUGUACAAUUAUUUUUGCCUAUGUUAUUUGAAAAAUUACCGGAUAAUUCUAUGUUUAUAUCAGGUAAAAUAAUAUUUAGCUAG